CAUUGGAGUAAUUUUAAAAGCAUUUGGUCCCAUUUACUGGACACAAAUUUGUGCAGAUCCACCAACUCCCACUCUCCUCCUUACAGUAAGCUCAAGAAAAAUGUCAGUCCUUUACCACUCUGAACCAGAAGACCUCAUCGAUUUUCUAGUACACAACGGCAAUGGAGUUAAGGGCCUCUCUCAAUUAAACCUCAAGCAAAUCCCAAGCCAAUUCAUACAGCCGCCUGACCAAAGACUAAGCCAUAUCCAAGUCUCGACCCAGAAAUCCAUACCCACAAUCGACGUCUCCCAAUGGGCCGACACCAAGACCGCUCAAUCAAUCUGCGAGGCCGCGAAAACUUGGGGUUUUUUUCAGAUCGUCAAUCAUGGCAUCCCACCAGAAGUUAUGGAGAACGUGAAGAGGGCUUCUCACGAUUUCUUCGGUCUGCCUGUGGAGGAGAGGAGGAAGUAUCUCAAGGAAAAUUCUCCCACUCAGAGUGUGAUGCUGAAAACCAGCUUCAGUCCCUUGGCCGAGAAGGUUUUGGAGUGGAAAGAUUAUCUCGUUCAUCUUGUAGGCCCGGAGAUUGAUGAUGCGGAUUUUGCGCUCUGGCCCAGUGUGACUAGUGGUGUUUUGCAGCCAAGUGCUAAAUUGCUGAUCGGAGGGGAUGAACUGCAAUUUGCAAUGUUUUCUUCAGUAGUGUUCUUCAAGUUAAGAGUUUUGAGCAGCACGAUUAAUCGAUUAUAUUGCAUAUAUCGUAGUCUUCAGUUGCAAGAUUACUCCUUUCAGUGUAACCUUGUUCUGAUAAUGGUGAAGCUUUCGAAAUGAACUUGGUUGGUAGAGUCUCAGAACUAAAGAAUUUGGCAAAAUUUUACUUCUUUUUUGUCCUCAAAGUCUUUCUUCAUGAUAUAUCUAGUGUGUUUGGGUGCGUGUCUAUGUUCUUGGGUUUUACUUUUAGUUUCUGAAUCAAGAUGAAAUAGCCCUAACCAGAACUUUAGUUUCAGUAGUAUCAGAACAUACAAAUAAAGGAUACUAUCAUACUUUAAUCCCAGUUCACUGAGGUUCUAGUUGAUCUGAUAAACAGGUAUCAUAAAGAUGACUAAUAAAUACUCCCAGAAUAUUACAAAUAGCCAUUAAGGUUUUAUAGUCUCUAGAAGAAAAAUAAUAUUCAGGUUGUAACAUUUAAAAUUGAAACAAAUAAUAGGCCUUUUUCCCUUUUAUUUAACCUUAGUUGAUAGAAGUUAUUUCCAAUGUGUUCCGGGUUCCUCCACAGGGCUCCAGUUUCCGAAUACAUAAACCGAGUAAAACCCGUCAUCCGGAAGCUUCUAGAGACAUUGCUCAAUGGAAUCAACAUGACUCAAAAAAUCGACGAGGCAAAAGAAUCCGCCCUUAUGGGCUCCCUCCUCACCACCCUUCUCCACUACCCAAAGUGCCCAAACCCUGAGCUUGCGGCCGGUGCCGGGCCCCACUCCGACAUCUCAUCCCUAACCAUACUCUUACAGGACAAUAUUGGCGGGCUCUACGUACGACUAUCCGGGCCCACCGAUGAGUGGGCCCACGUCACGCCAGUCGAUGGCUCACUCGUCGUGAACAUUGGGGACGUGCUCGAGAUAAUGAGCAACGGGAGGUAUAAGAGUGUUGAGCAUCGGGUGUUUGUGGACGGGAAUAGGGAUAGGGUUUCGGUGCCCGUUUUUGCGAACCCGUCGGCCGAUGCUGUAAUUGGCCCGUUACCGGAAGUGAUGGAGGAUGGGGAGAGGCCGGUGUAUAGACGGCUUGUUUACUCGGAUUAUUUGGGUUAUUUCUUUAGUAAAGGGCACGACGGCAAACGGACGAUUGAUUUCGCAAGGGUGUGAUGAUUUGCCUUUUUGUUUCUUGUGUUGUAAUGUUGGUGUCCAGGACAAAACCUUUCUUUUUAUGUGUGAUAUUGUGUGUUUGGUCAUAUGGUAGAGCAGUAGUAGAGCUGCCCGAAUUUGUGGUGGUGUGUUGCCAGCUUUUGCGACCGUUAGUUUGUGAGGAAGGUUUGAUGCGAGUAAAGAUUGGAUUGGUGUUGUAUCUCAUUUGUAUUGUGUUAUUUACAUUUCUUGCCAACUGCCUGUUAUAAGUUUUUCGUCGACCUUGACCCGAAUAUCUAGACGGUAACAGAUUUUUUCUUCUUUAACCGUUUGAAGAUUAUUCAUGAUCUGAUUUUGGGAAGUCUCUUUUAAGAGCAGUUAUAUAUAUUUAACAUCAAUGAGCAAUCGUC